CUUCACUCUCUUUCCACUUGGCGCAUUGCCAUUCGGCUCUUCGAUAGCCUUGCUUUUGGUCAAUUCUUGUUUUAUUCUCACUAAUUGGCGCCCAAAGUGCCCCACUUUAUCAUCCGCUGGCAUCUGGAGAAAGGAAUCGGACGUUUUAUUUUAACAACUGGACAGCACAAGCCAAGAUUAUUUGCUCAACUACGAUAUAGAUAUGUCUACGGAAGCGCUUCAUCGGUCGGGAGGCGAAUUCCCUGGCGCACCUUGGACUAUAAAAUUCCCUUCUUUUGAGUCUGAACCCACUUCAUCGAGCACUGGAUAUCAACAAGACACUCUAAAACCAUCUAAUCUCACUCGACCAUCUCUUGAGAAUGCUUUUUCAGAACCUGGUGAAGGAGUGGCACCACAUGCACAUGAAUCCAAAAAUGCACAAUCACCCGUUCCCCCCAGUCCUAUAACGUCACUGCAUGAGCGUGUGUCCCGCUCGGAAUCACCAUACGUGACUGUAACGCCUCCCCAGCCAUCAACACCCACAUCUCCACCUGCUGGUCAUACACCAACUUACGCACGAACUCAUCAUUCAUCACACACAUCCCAUCCAUCAAUCCCAAAUUCGGAUGAUUCAUUUAGUUCUAUUUUCUUUCGACCCGGGAAUCCAACUGCAUCUGCCCAGCCCCUUGCACCUUCUGCAUUCUUUUAUCAACAGGGGCCAAAGACCCAUUCAUCGCCAGACCUUAUCGGACCUUUGCUUGAGGAUUAUUACAAUGCUGGAAAGGGGGGAUUCAACCCCCAGGCGGAAUCUACCCCCCAUGGUAGUGAGGAAUCCUUUCGUCUGGCCCCUCCUGGUCAUCCAUCUAGUCUUCCCCGCCCUGCCCUCGCCGCCCCAUUCGUUUUUCCAUCCCCCAGUGCGAUAAGAAAUAGUAGUGGUACUUCUAAUUUAGCCCCUGGACCGUUCUCACCCGCGGAGCCUGAUGUGGGGGGUGGGAGUUUCUUUAAAAGGAAAGCUCCGAGCUUCUCCAGUCUGCGGAGAUGGUUGCCAGGGGUGACGGAACCAGACGUGGAACGUGGUGACAACGCUGAUCGUCAGACAGCAUCUUCUGGUCCCUCUUCCCGCCGAAGGUCCUCGUUUAGCGAUGUGGUUCUUGGGCGGUCACAUUCGCUGAAAGAUGCAUCUGUCUAUCCUCAUCCAUCUGCUACCAGAUCCCAUGCUACGCUCCCGGGAUCAGAUUUAUCAUCCAGCCCAGAUAUCACUUUGGACAUAGACGUUUUUUCGAGCAACCCGUCUCAGCCUUCGUUCUGCCCGGUACCUUCCGAGCCUUCGGUGUCCCCCACCUCCCCAUCUCAUUCACGACUGAUGUCCCUAUCUGCAUCUUUAGAUACGUAUGCCACACCACCUACACCGCCUUCCCCAUCGCGGUCGCGGGAGCUGCAGGAAGUAUUAGGUCAUCACCGUAAUGACAAGUCACAGCACGACAAGGAUACUGUGCGUGUACCUGCACGAUCAGUACCUAUUGGUGAUGUGGCAAGCGACACGUCGUCUGAGCAUAGGCGCUGGUCAAGCACGACCUCGGGGUCUGCGUACUUGACCCCUGCCACUCCCAGCCCCCCGCCUCGUCGUGGGCGCCUCAACCCUCGCAGUCUAUCUCAGCGCGUCAACAUCCUUUCCGUCAUCGAUGCUAGUCCUACUUCAGCUACUGCCAGUUCAACACAACAUCAUGGCGCGAGGAACACCUCAGAGACCAGUCCUACUCGUCGGACCAGUAAGUUCGAAGAUCGCACCCUUAGCAUAUCUGGUCGUUUGGAUAAGUACGAGGAUGCGCCGUUGGAGGAAUACCUAGAUGAACAUGAAGGUUCCUUUGGUGAAGAAGAGGGUGACUGGCGCUUCGUGCGCAGGAACCCGUGGAAGGAUUCUUGGAACACAGAGGCUUCCCGAACGACGAUUUCUUAUUACGCCACAACGAACAAUGCACCUCGGCGAAGCAGUCUGCAGAACUUCUGGAGAGGCACCAGAGCUUGGUUAGGAGAGGGGACUAGCAGCAUGGGAACUGGACCGCGAAGCUCCUAUACCAGUGUGAGCACCCGAGGGGAGCUGAACGACGGGGACCGCACAGUACGCAGUGCAGGACCGGUCCCACACAGCCUACGCCAGCAGCAGAAAAGGCAGAGCGAGAAUGAGAAGUCCCCAGAGGAGAUCGCAGAAGAGGAGUUCAUGAGUCGGGUUAGCACCCCAUCCAGCAAUGAAAUCCGCACUCUCAGAAGUCGGCCACAUCGGUGGAGUAGCCGAGACGACGGUGAAGGAAUGAGCAUCCGGACUGCGCCAGUCGAUUUGUCUUUCCAUUCCACCAAGGGUCCCCCAAAGAAGAGAACUGAAUCGAUGGCUACACCCACCUCCCCUGUUUCUCCAAAGGGAAAGCACAAGCAUACGAACACAGCGCCUUUUGACAAUCGCUCUUCCACAUUGAUGUCUACGAAACGUGAUUUGGUUCUUCCCCGGUUGGUGGAGAAAAGACAAAGUACUUCAACGGGUUGGGCUGCGCCAUUGUGGAGUCCAACUAGCCCUCCCCCGCGGCCUCGGCGACCAGAGUCAAAUUCUGAGGGCGGGUUAAUCCUGACUCCAAAAGGUUCCCCAAGUCGGCAAUACUUCGGUGAUAUGUUGGCUACGCUUCCCCAGCGCCGCGUACGGAUCAUCAGUCCGGACAACAGUCCCUCACCUCGAAUUCGCAACCAAUCACAAAUAAGACCAAAUCCCAAUCCCUCUCGUCCCACGCCUGAGCUUUCGAGCAGCAGCAACACCUCGCUUCUCUUAGGUUCUCAUGUUUCCUUUUCCAUAUCAUCUCAGCAAAAAUCUACGUUGCGCCUGGUUCUUUCCAGCCCUCGUUUAUCACUCAACACCCUGCUACCAGCACAAGUGUUAUUCCUCAUGGGUUUUGUCCUUGGACCUUGGGCCUGGCUCGUUGGGGGUUGGCUGCUCGGACCAGAUGGUCAUGUCCGCUUGGUAGACCGGGAUGGACGCACGAUUAUGUACUCUGACCAAGAUUGUGGGACGAAUCCCUCUCGUGCCUCGAACAUUGGGGAUUCCGCCAUGUCUCUCCGACCUCGUGAGCAUCCACCCCUGCGUCUCGCAAGCGGGAUGGCGCAUGAGCCCGUGCGGCCAAGCACAUGGCAUCGAGUCAGGAAACGGAUUUGCGUUCUUCCCAUUUCUUCUGAUUCGCCGUGCGAUUGGGUGUGGAGGUGCCGUGUGGCCUCUAUCGGUAGUGUCGUGGUGCUGUCCGCAUGUGUGAUCGUUGCUAUUACCGUUGCAGCUCGUGGUCGCCUUUGAGAUGCACGUACUAUUUUUCUAUC